GAGAAUACUGUGCAUAGAGUUGGGUUGGUAUUUGUGUGGUCUAAAUUAACUUUGUACUAAAUAUCAGUAUUCAGCAAUAUAGAUAUUAGAUUAGACAACAAAAGUAACUAAUACUUACGUAACCUCUCUCACCAUUUUCAUAUCAUUCCCUAUGUAAAAAAUAAUAAUAAUAAUGGAUUGCUCUCCAGUUAAGCUUCCUUGUUCUCUAUCUUCUUCCAUCCUCCAUCUUCAGGGUUCUUCAUCACAUGUUUGUAGAAAUCACUCCAUGUCCUUGCCACCUGUUAAUUCAUUUCUUCAACUUAGUCAUAGAACAAACUCAUAUCUUCACAAACAAAAUUCAGGUUGUGUCUCUUCUAGGUUUUAUAGAGGGUUGAUAAUUACCUCAGAAGCACAAAAGCAAAAUUGGGAUUUUGGUAGAUUCUUCAAAACAAUAUAUUUCUUUAACGGGCCUCCAUCUCCUGCUAAGGUGGGAAACAGUUUCUCUGUCAAAUCCUCUUUUAGCCCAUCACCUACUACUCCAAUUCAAAUGGAAAGCUCUGGCAUUGUGUUAGUAGCUGGAGCUACUGGUGGUGUUGGUAGAAGAGUAGUUGACAACUUGCGAAAGAAAGGUGUGCCGGUUCGAGUCUUGGUGAGGAAUGAAGAAAAGGCAAGGAAAAUGUUAGGCCCGGACAUUGACUUGGUUGUUGGAGACAUUACUAAGGAGAGUACUCUUGUACCUGAAUAUUUCAAAGGGGUGAGGAAGGUUAUCAAUGCUGUUUCUGUUAUUGUUGGACCAAAAGAAGGAGAUACUCCUGACAGAGCAAAAUACAGCCAAGGAAUCAAGUUCUUCGAACCAGAGAUCAAGGGGGAUUCACCAGAAAAGGUGGAGUACAUUGGGAUGAAAAAUUUGAUCAAUGCUGUGAAGGGGAGUGUUGCUGUUAGAAAUGGUAAACUGAUAUUUGGAUUUGAAGAUAAUAUUUACAAGGAACUUGCCUGGGGAGCUUUGGAUGAUGUUGUAAUGGGAGGUGUUAGUGAAGGUGCAUUUCAGGUAGAUGCAAAUGGUGGUGAAAGUGGUCAACCAAGUGGACUAUUUAGAGGUAUAGUCUCAACUGCAAACAAUGGUGGCUUUUCAAGUAUCAGAACAAAGAACUUUUCAGUACCUGAGGAUCUCUCUGCUUAUGAUGGUUUGGAGCUGCGCCUGAAAGGAGAUGGUCGUCGUUAUAAAUUUAUUAUUCGAACUAGCACUGAUUGGGAUGCUCUUGGUUAUACAACAGCUUUUGAUACUGUAGAGGGCCAGUGGCAAUCAGUGCGGUUGCCAUUUUCUUCUUUGAGGCCUAUUUUUCGAGCUAAAACUGUCUCAGAUGCCCCUCCAUUCGACCCAACUAAUGUUUUGUCAUUUCAGCUUAUGUUCAGCAAGUUCGAAUAUGAUGGAAAACUAAAUCCUACAUUUGUAGAAGGCGCCUUUCAGCUUCCAAUAUCGAGCAUUCGAACUUAUAUAAAAGAGCCUUUAACUCCCAGGUUUGUACAUGUGAGCUCAGCAGGAGUUACUCGACCUGACAGACCAGGUCUUGAUCUAAGUAAACAACCACCUGCGGUCCGCUUGAACAAGGAAUUGGAUUUUAUCUUGACAUUUAAGUUGAAGGGGGAAGAUUUGAUAAGGGAAAGUGGUAUACCAUAUGCAAUUGUGAGACCAUGUGCCUUAACUGAGGAGCCUGCUGGAGCAGAUCUCAUAUUUGAUCAAGGAGACAACAUAACGGGUAAGGUAUCAAGGGAAGAGAUAGCUCGUAUUUGCAUUGCCGCUUUGGAUAGCCCAUACGCGUGUGACAAGACGUUUGAGGUAAAGAGUGUCAUACCAUUCAGCGAGCCAUUUACAGUGGAUCCCGAGAAUCCACCACCGGAGAAGGACUAUGAUGUUUAUUUUAAGAACUUGAAGGAUGGAAUCACAGGAAAAGAAAUCCUAGAACAGACUCCUUUACCGGUCUAAUGCUCAAACACAUCUCAGGAGUACUCGUAAUUGAGAAAAUAGCAGACGUUGCGAAUUCAAACAAUCCAUCAGCUGAAAAAGUUGUAGAUUUGUGUUAGAAUGUUUGUGUAACACAUCAUGUUUCAGAAAAGGGAGAGCUUUGCUUCAUGUAAAUCCAUAAUAUGCACAGUACAGUUGUUUCAAUAAAUGUAUAUAAGGCUAUACAAGCUCUUUGUUUACAUUUUUAAUAAAAAUAUUAAAUUUUGCAUCAAA